GGCUGAAGCCUUUAUUCAUUCCCUGAUGAAUAAUCUUGUACCAUAUUCGCUGCAAUUCCGGAUUCAAAAUUAAUAUUCACGUGUUACCAUAUGCAAAUCCUAUAAAUGUCUCCUGAAAGAAGUCAGAGCAAUGCUGAAUUGUAGUUGUUGUUAUUCACAUGAAUGGUUGCUUAUUGUAAAUGCUAGUUAUAUUGAUAAGCAAGUUAACUAUCAACCGUUGUGGUUUAACUUCAUAAAGAGCGCAACCAUACGACCCGUCCACCGAUAACGCAGGUUUGAGGUGAGUGAGGGUUGAACAGUGUCUCAAAGCGAGCGCAAGGUCUCUGGUCCUUUUUAUAGAAGAGGUUGGGCUCCAUAUAGGUCGGGUUUUGCAUAUGUGUAAUCAAACCAAUGAGAAUCCCCUGCGCGUCUGGCACACGGGCAGUGAGACAGCGCAACAAACUCUGGGAAGAAGAGAAGCGAUUGUAAUUUAGGGGGUGUAUCCCUUGUUUAAGACGCUGUUAUGGCAAAGCCAAUCGCCAGAUGUUUGUGUUUCUUACUCAGAUUUUGAGACUAAGCAGAACGCCGGUUACUACGCGGAGGCUCAUUCGCUUAUCCAAGCCACUUUUAGCUUAAGUACACAAACGAUCUGCGCUCCAUCUCUCUUGCUCACUGUACGCACGGGAUUACGCCAGUUUGGUCGUCUAUUUUGAGGAGCCGCAACGUUUUUCAGUCAUUCUUUAACAGGCUGAAGGAAAUGGCAAAGGAGAGAGGACCGCGUCUGGCAGAAAGCAGAGGAAACCAGAGCUGAAUGGCAGGAUGCAUGCGACCUGAAGACGCACAGAAUCCAACAUUUCUCCAACGAUCCUUUUUACGCGUUCUUUUGGUUUCCUUCCUUUCAAACGAGAGACCUUCGGAAGGAUUUAUCCAUACACGAUCACUUAAGGAUUUUCUUUUUUCUUCCUUUUUCAAUUUCUGAUUAUUUUUUAAGACCCUGAACUCUAGGAGUCGAGGAUGCAUUGUGGAUUAGUGUUGCUCCUUUUUACGGGAAUCUUUCUCAUCGCCAAUGCUUUAAAAAAUGACAAAUGUGGGGAUAAUAUAAGAAUAAGUAAAGCAAAUUACCUCACCUCACCCGGUUACCCGCAGUCUUACUACCCGUCUCAAAAAUGCAUAUGGGUGAUUACAGCGCCAGAACCGAACCAGAGGAUUCUGAUCAACUUCAACCCGCACUUUGACCUCGAGGACCGGGAGUGCAAAUAUGACUAUGUGGAAGUGAGGGACGGGGUGGAUGAGAGCGGUCAACUGGUGGGGAAGUAUUGCGGGAAGAUCGCCCCUUCUCCGGUAGUCUCCUCCGGGAACCAGCUCUUCAUUAAGUUUGUGUCCGACUACGAGACCCAUGGAGCUGGGUUUUCCAUCCGCUAUGAGAUCUUCAAAACGGGUCCGGAAUGUUCCAGGAACUUCACCUCCAGCAGCGGAGUCAUCAAGUCUCCCGGCUUUCCGGAGAAGUACCCCAACAACCUGGACUGCACCUUCAUGAUCUUCGCCCCCAAAAUGUCGGAAAUCGUUCUGGAGUUCGAGAGCUUCGAGCUGGAGGCGGACCCUCAGCCGCCUGCCGGAGUGUUCUGCCGCUACGACCGGCUGGAGAUUUGGGACGGAUUCCCCGGAGUUGGUCCAUAUGUUGGCAGAUAUUGUGGGCAGAAUACACCCGGACGGAUCAUAUCCUACACCGGGAUCUUGGCUUUGACAAUCACCACAGAUAGUGCCAUUGCAAAAGAGGGAUUCUCAGCAAAUUUCACUGUUUUGGAAAGGACGGUCCCAGAUGACUUUGACUGCGCUGAGGCCUUGGGCAUGGAAACCGGUGAAAUCCAUUCAGACCAGGUUGCGGCUUCAUCCCAGUACAACCAGCACUGGUCUCCGGAGCGUUCUAGACUGAACAGCCCUGAAAAUGGUUGGACCCCCGCGGAGGACACGAACAAGGAAUGGAUUCAGGUUGAUCUCGGGUUCUUGCGCUUUGUAUCCGCAAUCGGCACGCAGGGUGCCAUCUCACAAGAGACCAAGAAGAAGUACUAUGUGAAGUCCUAUAAGGUGGAUGUGAGUUCGAACGGGGAGGACUGGAUCACUAUUAAGGAUGGCCCAAAACAGAAGGUUUUCCAGGGGAACAUCAACCCUUCAGAUGUGGUUAAAUCCAAACUUCCCAAGCCCACGCUGACACGAUACCUCCGGAUCCGACCCUACGCCUGGGAGGCCGGCAUCGCUCUGCGUUUCGAAGUGUACGGAUGCAAAAUCUCAGAGUUCCCAUGUUCAGGCAUGUUGGGAAUGGUCUCAGGCCUCAUAACAGAUGCCCAGAUCACAGUCUCCUCCCACACAGAGCGUACAUGGAUGCCGGAGAACGCCCGUCUGCUGACCAGCCGCUCGGGUUGGGCGCUGUUGCCGCAGCCUCAACCCUAUGUGGACGAGUGGCUGCAGGUGGAUUUGGGUCAAGAGAAACUGAUCCGAGGGUUGAUCAUCCAGGGAGGCAAACAUCGAGAUAACAAGGUCUUUAUGAAGAAGUUUCGACUGGGCUACACUAACAACAUAUCCGACUGGAAAAUGGUGAUGGACGCCACUGGCAAUAAACCCAAGAUUUUCGAGGGGAAUUUGAACUACGACACACCAGCGCUGAGGACCGUGGAGCCUGUAUUGACACGCUAUAUUAGAGUAUAUCCAGACAGAGCCACUCCUGCUGGUAUGGGACUUAGAUUGGAAAUCCUGGGCUGUGAAAUGGAAGUGCCUACAGUGCUCCCGACUACUCCCACUCCCUCCACCACCCCAUCAGAUGAGUGUGAUGAUGAGCAGGCCAACUGCCACAGUGGAACAGGUGAUGACUACGACCAGACAGGUGGAACCACUGUGCCAGAGAUGACCACAGAGUUGAGCAUCGGUCCAGCCUUCUUGUGGUUUGCCUGUGACUUCGGCUGGGCGAACAAUCCCUCAUUUUGUGGCUGGAUAUCAGAGGACAGCGAGUUCAGGUGGCAGAUCCAGUCCAGCGGAACCCCAACUCUAAACACCGGCCCCAACAUGGACCACACAGGCGGAUCAGGAAACUUCAUCUACACGCUGGCAACAGGUGCACAGGAGACGGAGGUGGCUCGGUUAGUGAGUCCUUCAGUGUCGGGGAAGGACUCGGAUCUGUGCCUGUCCUUCUGGUACCACAUGUUCGGUGCCCGCAUCGGCACGCUGCACAUUAAGCAGCGCAGAGAGAGCACUAAGGGCACAGCUGAUGUGCUGCUAUGGACUGUCAGCGGUCACCAAGGCAACCGUUGGAGGGAGGGCCGAGUGCUGAUACCACACUCUAAUAAACCCUAUCAGGUGGUAAUUGAAAGUGUGGUGGAAAGGAAAAGUUGGGGAGACAUUGCAGUGGACGACAUCAAAAUCUCAGACAAUCUUAACAUUAAUGAAUGUAAAGACCCUGAUGUCCCAGAAGAACCAAUUCUAACUGAAGACAAGUUUGAUGAAAUCAUCGUGGAUAUCACAGAUUUCCCUGAGAUUGUUGAAAAUCACGAGAUCAAUGGAGCAGGGAACAUGCUGAAGACGUUGGACCCCAUACUCAUCACCAUCAUCGCUAUGAGCGCCCUGGGAGUCUUCCUCGGCGCCAUAUGCGGUGUGGUUCUCUACUGCGCCUGCUCCCACAGCGCCAUGUCCGACAGGAACUUAUCUGCCCUGGAGAACUAUAACUUUGAGCUAGUGGAUGGUGUCAAGUUAAAGAAGGACAAGCUCAACUCACAGAACUCGUACUCUGAAGCGUAACGCGCUAACCAAUGAGAGGGAACCUCUCUUCAGGGAGGGCGGGGCUUAAAAUGGACUGCCGACGUCACCCGAUGGGAGGAGGACAAGUCUCUGUGGUUCAGGGAACCGAUGGGUGGACAUCCGGGACUGAGCCAUGCUUUUCUCAGGAGCUGCAGUGAACGGAACCUACCAGUAGGGGACACUGUGUACAAAACAUUGAGUACAAGGAUUUCAGAGAAAAAAUCAAAAAUGAACCAUAUGAAUAUGUACAGAUGAUUGAAAUGAUUAUUUUAAUUUUUUAUUUUAUUGGUUUUGUAUUAUUUUGAGUUGAUCGUUUUUACAAUCGGAUGCUGGUGUUGAGACCAAUAUAUAAUAAUGUCAUAAAGUAUUUAUCUUGUUUUUUCUAGGAGGAAAAAUCAUUUAUUUUUAUUUUAAAAGAUUGUUUUGCGCUAUAAGGAGAUGUGUAAAAACCCCAAAUGAACCAUACGUGGCUAACAGAAGGCAAAUACCCCACAGUAGGGCAAAAGGAUCAAAGGGGGUGGAUAUCAUCCAGUCCUGUUGCAUUCUGGGUAUGGUUCAGUCAGUGCCUUUGGUACAUCUUUUUUGGCAUCCUAUGUUGAUUUUUGUUGUUUUUUACCCUUUUGAUCCUAAAAAAGGAUGUUGGUCAAAUCUGCAAAACGGACCCAGUUAAUUCAUAGCGCUUUAAUGUUAAAAAUCCUGCAUAUUGUAUAUAAGUUUUAAUAUAUUUUAAUGCCCUUUUCAAAGAAAUGAGUAAAAGGACAAAAAAAAGAAGCUGCAGUAUCCCUUUUUUCUUGGGUUGUAUGUUGUAAAUACAAUCGUCUGACUGUUUUGUGAAAGUGAAAAUUGUGUGCUUUAUUUCGUCCUGUUUGGUUAUUUUUGCUACGUUCCCAAAAGAUGCAGCUCUUGUUCAAACAGGUGUAAAUACAAAUCCAGUGCACAUUCACAUCCCAUUUCAGGAUGGGAACAUUAUCUUAUACUCUCAAACAUUUCAUUCAAACCCUGCAGUGAUUUUGUUGUAAUAUUAGAGAGAACGUCAAUUUUCUGGUCCAUUUACCUGGAAUUCAGAUUUAUAGGUGGACAUCGGAUCCUAACAUGCAAGCCUCUCAUGCACAACGAUAGUAAGAUAAUCACACUCAGAAUGUCUGUCUGUCCAUCCAGCAUACCAAAAAUCUAAAAAAUAAACCCAUCGUCAUUGCCAUGCUUUGAUUUAAAGUAGAUGACCCCUGAAUAUAUCAUCUGCCUCUCUUAGUGCUCAUUUGUCCAUCAGUCCGUCUUGAAUAAAACUCUCUUUUCAGGGGGAAGUGUCAUUUUAAGAGUGGUGCUAUUUAAUUUAUAUUCGCUGAAAGCAUUUUAGCACAUCAUGCAUUGCCUACUAUUCAUGUGCUUGUGACAUCACAACAUCAUCGUUGUUUGAGCGAUGUCAUAGUGGAGUUCUGUCAUUGGCCUUGUGUCUGCACCAAAGGACUGUUGCCUCAAACUGCAGGGUUCAAUCACAACCUAUAUUAUCUUCAGGCAUCGCAAGACGGCGUUUGGAAAGGGGUCAAGCUAAUAAGGACACAUUUGACAUCCAUUUACAUGUUUACAUGACUGGUUUAUCACUGACUGUCAUUCUUUGAUUCAGAAGUGAGAGAACUGGCGGGUGAAUCCGUGCUUGACAAUGGCUUACACAUGUAACAGGGCUUCACUGCUGACAAUACUAAUGUCUUCUACAGGUUUCUUGCUAUGUUCAUGUACUGUGUUGUAUACUGUGGCGAACACACUUUUUCAUUUAUUUCCGGUAGAUACCUGAAUCCACGUGUCGAUGCUACGUGUGCGUCAGUUGAUACUAUAAAGGCGACUGGCUUCAGUCGGGAUUCUGUGAGAAAGCAUACUGUAGCAUUCACUAAAAGAAACAAUGUUGCACUGAUCAAUAUAUUUGAUGAAGUUUAUGUGUUUAUAGCAUUCAUUUGUAAAAAAGAAAAUGGAAAUAAAAAAGACAGUGUUCAUUUUUUUUUAAAUAGUUUCAGAACAAUACGAUUCUGAAAUGGUCAAAUAUCAAGAUGUUUUCAUUAUUGAAAAAGGUAUACAGAUUUCCUAUAGUAAAGUUCCCAUUUACCUGACUGAUUAUCUUUUCGUUUUUGUACUGUCGUUCAAAUUUUGUGCUGAUUUUUUUUACGAGAAGGUGAGGAAGAAAAGAAAAACUUUUAUUUUCAAUACUGCCUCUGUAAUUUGCUGUUGUAGGAAGGAAAAAAUGAAUAAAAAACAGCAAGGCCUUAAAAAUGGAAU